CUCCGACAGUGAGGCACUCCCUCAGUACUGACCCUCCGACAGUGCGUCACUCCCUCAGUAAUGACCCUCUGACAGUGCCGCACUCCCUCGGGUGUCCAUGUGGGGUGGGGGGGAUGCCUGCCUCAGUUAUGGAACCAGGCUGCUGGAGUGUGCCUCGAACCCACACCCGUGACUCAGAAUGCAGGGUGGACGUGCCCAGAGGGCACGCUUGGCAAGUUCCAAACGGGCAGGGACUGGCAGUGGUCGCCAGGACGCAUUGUUGGAAAGCGAAGCGACUCACAAUGACUCUUCAGCGAAGAAUGCCUGCCAUCCUUACCCAGGCCGGUCCGAUAUGUAACGCCAGACCCACCGCAACGUGCCUGGUAUUUGCCCGCUCUCUGGGGUCCGGCGAUCUGGAAUCCAACCCUGUUUCACCCGCUUUCCUCGUCUUUCUGUUCCCCCCCCCACCCCCAACACCGACAGGUAUCAUCGUGUACAGCCUGGCAAGGUGCUGCACUGCCUCCAGUGAGUCUCUGGGACCCGGCAGGGAGCUGGUGGACGUCCACCGAGGCUUCGUGACCGACUCGAUCCAUCUCUUUGUGCUUUUCUACGCCAACCUCAUCGUCCUCUCAACACACCUCCCACAGGAAAUGCUCAAACUCCUCCCACUCCUCGCUGCCUUCUUCGCCCUCGCCAGGUUGAUUUACUGGGGGACGUCCGCCAUGAGCAGUACUUUCCGGGGCUUCGGAUACGGCCUCACCUUCUUCCCCAUCGUGGGCCUCCUGGUCGCCAACCUCUACUACAUGUUCGUCCUGGGGCCCGACAAGAUGUUCGCCACCUCAGCCAGCGGGUCCGAAGGCCAGGAGGAGGCCUCGGGCCCACGCCAGAGAUUCUGGGGUUGAAGGUUCGAUCCUCGGAGAAUGGGCUCCUGUUGCCUUGGUCACUAUCGACUUGCCAGUUAUCAGACUCUUGUCUAGCUUAAUAACGGGUGUUUUGUUUAUUAUGGUUUAUUUUUCAGGCCUCCCCACCUCCCUUCCACCCCCACCUACAUCCUGUGUUUAUUCAGUUUCCAAUUCGACUGUAUUGAUAUUCUUUUUUAUACCUCCUCUGGCAGCCUCCCAGGAGAGACAAGGCGAAAUGAUGAAUAAAUUAAAAUGU